AUGGAGAUUCAACAUCCCCCGCAUGAGUUUGCGGAACCCGUUCUUCAUUUCCAGCACUCUUCGCACCUUGAACCUGAACCUGCGCCUGCGCCUGGGCCACUUCCCACUACCGAAUCCCUAGACGAGCAGCCUCCAAUCCCCGCCAAAACACAGCAAGACGUCAUCGAACCACAGUAUCCUCAACCGUCUCAAUUAAUCUCAGACCAAGAUAUCGUCACGAAUGGGCUUUCUCCGCUAGGACAAGUCCCAUCACUGUCCCCGGACCUUGACAAAGACGACGCAAGCUCAAUUCUCAGUGAUCUACCAUCCGAAUUGGAUGAGCCUGCUGCAGAACCUGAACCAAUAGAUUUUGAUUGGGAUGGCCCCGAGGGACAUCAAGUUCUCCGACUCAAGCCAACCGUUGAGCAAUGGAACGACUUUCCGGCCAAUCUCGCAUUUGCCAGAAGUCUUAAGGCUGAAAGCCAUGGUUGUUUUAAAAUUGUCCUUCCUGAGGAACUCAUAGAAGACCUCCCAGCAAAGGACUCUCAAAAAGUACCGGCGAAUGCUUAUCGCCCAACCCAAAUAAAAAGGAACAGUUUCUGGCGAGUUGACACAGUUCCGUCCGUCGGCAGUUUCAACUCGUCCGUUACAGGUGCGAAAUGCAAUGUCACGGCGAUCAAAGCCAUCGAUCAGCUCAGAAAACUUUAUCGCAAGAACGACCACAAGCAGAUUCGCAAUGUACGUUAUCGAGUUGACGUGCCUGCAUGGACUCCCGAACAACGCCUUGAAGCCGGGGUUCCUGAAAAAAGCCCAAUUUAUCCCCUCAAAGGCGAUAAGCUGGAUAACACAAAAGCCAUAAUUCCUGGAAUCCAUACUCCAUAUGUGUAUGAAUCAGGGCCCCAUUUCGGGGCAAGCUUUCAAAUACACGCAGAAGACUUCCGGUUGGUUUCGCUCAACCAUCUAUACAAGGGACGGAAAAUCUGGAUCGUUGUGCCAUCGACUGCGGUGGAUGUAGCAGAAGAGGCCCUUGGCCGCAAGGACAAGUGCUCUCAGUUCAUGCGGCAUCGAGCCGAGUUUUUCUUUCCCCAGAAACUGGAAAAACUUGGCAUACCUUUCCGCAUCAUUGACCAGCGCCCUGGCGAGACAAUAGUAAUUCUCCCAGAUGCAUACCACGAGGGCUUUAGCACAGGAUAUACGAUCGCUGAAGCCAAGAACUACGCUGAUGAUGCUUGGACGACGAGCACCUACCAGCCAUGUGAGGCAAAGUGCCAGCUGGCCACGGCCAUCCCAGCUGACUUGCUGAGGCCAUUGCAAGUGGGAGAGACACAGCUCGACCUGUGUGCUGGUUUUGAUUUGGCGGCAGAGCAGGAAUCACCUCCUGCGACACAAACACCCGAAAAGACAAAGAGACAUUUCGAGGACGACGGACAAAAUAUUGGGAACACUAAGAGGACUAAGGUCUAG